GGAGUGGGUGGUGCUGGGCCAGGUUGAUUUAGAGAAGUUAGUGGAGAAGCAUCUGAGCUCUGUGCAAGACUGGGAGAGAAACUUCAAGGCCCUGAAAGCCAGAGGGAAAGAGUCGGAACGUCUACUAAGUCAGGAGAAGGUUGACUGUAUUACAGUUAACUGUGAGCCGGUAAAAGCCGUCAUCGAUGACCUGAUCCAGAGGCUGUUUGACAUGCUGCUCUCCUCACUCAGGAAGUCCAUACAAGGGCACACCCAGGCCAUAGACAGUUUUGUUUCAGAGUCAAUGGAGGUGUUGUCUAAUCGACCAGAGAGCAUGGAGGAGAUUGGUGUGGCCGGUGGCAGAUAUAACCAGAUAUUAGCCCGCAAACCAGAAAUCCUGCCUCAGUUCCAGUGUGCUGAGGAGAAGAACCGUUUGCUACGAGCAGUGGCUGGGGGGGGCAUGGACUCCCUUUCCUCACUGAGGGCCAAGUGGGAUAAAUUUGAGCUCGUCAUGGAGAGCCACCAGCUCAUGAUCAAAGAUCAGAUACCUGUAUUUGCCUAA